GAGGAACAAGCGCGCGAGCACAAUGACUUUUUUAUUUUUUUAAGGCUCGGCACUGAACUUUUCAUGCCCAGAAAAAUCUCCCGCUUUGGGUAUUUCUUCCCUCCAUCUCGCCUUCCACUAACCGCUACAAAUGAGUUCAGCACUCUACUCAUUUAUCAGCUCUAUAACAAAUAACAUUACAUCGAGGUAUGAUGUGAAAAGCCAAAUCGCAUCCGCCGGUUUGUGGAAGAUUUAUUCUGCCAAUCGCAAAACAACCGGUCAGCAAGUCGCUAUUUUCAUUUUUGAAAAGCGGUCGUUGGAAGCUGGAUCCAGAAGAGAAAGGGGCGCCUCCAAAGCCGACACCGAUCGAGUGUACGAAAUGUUGAAGAAGGAGGCGAGUAAUUUGACUCGCUUGCGACAUCCAGCCAUUUUGGAAGUCGUUGAACCCGUCACAGAAUCACGCUCGUCGAUUGCGUUCGCAACAGAACCUCUUCUCGCGUCACUUCACAAUUUAAUGGGAAAUAUAGAUGGCUUUGAUGGACCAGUUCCCCAAGAGAUAUCUGGAUUCGAACUGGAUGAGUUGGAAAUUCAAAAAGGUCUUCUUCAAGUUGGAAAGGGAUUGCAGUUUUUGAAUCACGACGCAAAAGUAGUUCAUCGAAAUCUGGUACCUGAAGCCAUCUUCGUUAACGCCAAGGGUGACUGGAAAAUUGGAGGGCUUGGAUUCAGCGUAUUCUUGAACAACCCCGAUCGAUCUGCCGAAUCCUUUGACGACUAUAGCGAGUACAUGCCAGAUUCCUGUCAGAUGAAUCUCGACUAUGCUGCACCUGAAUUCGUGUUGGAUAACGAUAUAGCGGUGACCAACGAUGCAUUUUCACUUGGAUGCCUUGCUUACACGGUGCAUAACAAAGGAAAAUCAUUGUUUGGGACAUUUAAUAAUAUGCGGAAAUACCAAAGGUGUAUAGAAAGUCUCACAUCUUUUACUUACGACAACGUUCCCGCUCAUCUUCAAGAGGUACUACGUCGAUUGAUUGUUCGUCAGCCAUCUAUGCGAAUGACGAUGAUGGAGUUUCAAAGUUCCAAGUAUUUUGACAAUAUUUUGGUAUCCACCAUGAAAUACCUUGAAAGUUUCCCUGAAAAGACCAGGGAAGAGAAAUCUCAAUUCAUGAAAGGCUUGUCGCGAGUCCUGGGUCAAUUCCCUGAUCGUGUUUUGACCAGAAAGAUUCUCCCUUCUCUUUUGGAAGAACUCAAAGACCACAGCUUGCUACCAUUUACCCUUCCUAAUAUCUUUAUAAUUACCGAAAAGUUGGACCAGCAAGAGUUUUGCGAAAAAGUUCUGCCUUCCCUGAAGCCCAUCUUCACACUUCGUGAUCCACCACAAAAUAUGAUUGUCCUACUGGAAAAGUUGGAUAUCUUCCAAAAGAAAACACCAAGAGAGAUUUUCCGCGAUGAUGUUAUGCCCUUGAUAUAUGGUGCACUUGAAAAUCCAGUCCCAGUAGUGCAAGAGAAAGCCCUGAGAAUGGUGCCUGUACUAGCAGAGUCGCUGGAUUAUACUACUGUCAAAAACUCAUUGUUUCCACGUGUACAGUCAUUGUUUGUGACUACCACGGUACUUUCUGUGAAAGUUAGUACGCUUAUCUGCUUCCAUGCUAUGAUCAAAGUCAUCGACAAGUUUACUAUGCAAGAAAAGCUAGUCCCAUUGUUGAAGGGGAUCAAGACAAAAGAGCCUGCUGUCAUGCUGGUUACUCUGGCAGUCUAUGAUGAAAUGGGAAAACAUCUGGACAAGGAAAUUAUUGCAACGGAGAUCUUACCACAGCUCUGGCGAAUGAGCUUUGGACCGUUAUUGACUCUCGAGCAGUUUCAAAAAUUUAUGAAAACAAUCCGAGAAUUGACUAACCGAGUAGAGGAAGCUCAUACGAAACAUUUGCGUGAGGUCAAGUCAUUGGAGGAGCAAACGAAGAGGAUCACAUCUGAACAGUCGGCUAUUGUGACAGGCGGGAGUCAUGCAACUACGAAUGGCGGUGGAGUCGAUUUUGAAAGCUUGGUGAACGGAAAAAUGGGUAAUGGCAACCCGCUUGAACAACAUGCUGCUGCCUCCGACAUAUUUGGUGAUAUGACCAGUAGCAUACCUACCACCCCUACCUUCUAUCAACAGCCGUCGGUACCUUCGCCUAGCCCCCUCAAUUACUCACCACAGCCCAUGAAUCAAUCCAUACCCACCCAAGCCUCGUUAUACAGUACCAGUACCAAUCCUUCAACAUAUUCAGCUUAUCAGCAACCACAAUCAGCGAGCCCAUCGUUUGCCACCAUGAGCCCUAUGCAGGCUCCAAUGAGACCAAUGGGUACUGGAGGUACAACCUCCAGCUUUGGGUCCCAUAACUCAAGUUUCGGAUCUCAGCCCACAGGUUAUGGACAGCAACCAACCACAAGCUAUGGACAGCAGACGUCAAGCUUCGGACAGUCUUCUUCAAUGUCUCCAAACUUUGCUGGCCAAACGUCACCUCCUAUUAUGUCAAGUAACCAGGCAUCUAAGCCUGCCAUCAACUGGAAUGCAAACACGUCCAUUCCUGCUCUCCAACCACCCAGAAGCAAUAACCUUGCACAAGGCUUUUCUAGCAAAGCGCCAUCCACUACACCCAACUAUGCUGCCAUGCAAAGCCUUUCUCUUAACUCCACACCCUCAAUAAUGCCUGCACAACACCAACCGAUGUCGUCGGGUAUGCUGCAGCCAUUGGCACCUAUGUCGAGUUCAGUCAGAGCGAAUGUCAACAAGACAUCGGGCAACCACAAAAAGUCUUCGGAUCUUGAUCUAUUUGAUCCAUUGGGCUAAGUCAUGUUCGUUGUUAUUAUAGAGUACGAUCCUUCAAAAUAAAUCUAUGGCAUUAGAAGAACAAAUGUAUUAUUGCAAAGCAAGUUUUAAGGGAAAUGUUUAAUUACAAGUGAUUUCUAUGUACUAAGCGCUCCCCAGUAGCGCAAUG